CAAAGCAGUGAGUUGUGAGUCUGCCAGGGCUCUGUUCAACGGGCAGAUUGGGCAGAUGCGUGUCAAAUGUGCCUCAGUAUCGAAUAAUCAUCCUGUUCUCCUCAACUGUAAUCAACCCCCCAAACCAAACCCCCCAACUGGUGACUCCAUCCCCAAUGCUCCCAGUGACCCCAAAUAACCCACCGCCCCCCGAAUAAACCAAAAAGCCCCCGCGACUCGUUGCAGAACUCCUGUUUUUGUCAAAUGGUAACGUAGUUAUUCGGGAACUCGUUGUGUUGGGUGAAAUGCUGGAUCGACUUCCUGUUCAUGGCGAUACACCGAAGCUCCGUAAGCGUCGUCCCUCGUAUUGAGAGUGCUUCAGCCAAUCGUCCCCAAGAAUAAAAAAGAAAAACAAUUCCACAGAGACAAUAAACCCGAUGAAUGCAACAAAUUCCCGGAACAAAUAGAUCAAUCGUCGAGUGUCCGAGUGGUGCAUGUGCCAGUGAAUAAAUAAAUAGUGAUCCCUCCACCUAGAAUACUAAAUAAAUGAACGCUCCUGGCAACACUAUUACAAUUUCACGAUAAAUUGUUGAAUCCUUUGGGACGUCUUUGGCCCGCGCUAGGCCAUCGAGGGUACAAAGACCCCCCAGAGAGCUCUGCAUCGUGAAAUGAUCAACAUGGAGACGGACAAAAUUAUUGAUGACACAAAUACCAACUUACAGUACCCGAUGACGAUACUCUAUGACACGGGGGUUCGAAAGAAAGAGGCAUCCUCACAGGCGCUCGCACUUACCAGCCAGUACACACAGGAGCGGGAAAUGUGUAUGAAGUACUUUGAGAGAUGGAGCGAACCGGAGCAAGUGCAUUUUGUGGAGCAAUUGUUGGCGAAGAUGUGUCAUUAUCAGCAUGGACACAUUAACACCUUCCUCAAGCCCAUGCUCCAGAGGGAUUUCAUCUCCUUGCUGCCCAAAAAAGGUUUGGAUCACGCAGCAGAGAGUAUUCUCUCUUAUUUGGACGCUGAAUCGUUAUACUCAGCUGAGCUCGUCUGCAAAGAAUGGUACAGAGUAAUAAGUGAGGGAAUGCUAUGGAAGAAAUUGAUCGAGCGUAAAGUGAGAACAGACUCGGUAUGGCGGGGUUUAGCAGAGAGAAGAGGAUGGAUACAAUAUCUAUUCAAGCCACGUCCUGGCGAGAAUCAUCCAAAUCACACAUUCUACAGAAAUUUAUUUCCCACAAUAAUGAAGGAUAUCGACAGUAUCGACAACAAUUGGCGAAUGGGUAAUCACAAGUUACAAAAAAUCAACUGUCGUAGUGAAAAUUCGAAGGGAGUUUACUGUCUGCAAUAUGACGAUCAGAAAAUUGUGUCUGGUUUGAGGGACAAUACUAUUAAAAUAUGGGACAGAAAUUCAUUGCAGUGUAUCAAGGUGUUAACGGGCCACACUGGCUCGGUACUGUGUCUACAGUAUGACGAUAAGGUCAUUAUAUCCGGAUCGUCGGAUAGUACUGUUAGAGUCUGGGAUGCCAACACUGGGGAAAUGGUUAACACACUGAUUCAUCAUUGUGAAGCUGUCUUGCAUCUGAGAUUUAACAAUGGAAUGAUGGUAACGUGUUCUAAGGAUCGUUCAAUAGCAGUUUGGGACAUGACCUCACAAACAGAAAUUGCCCUCCGCCGUGUUCUAGUUGGCCAUCGUGCUGCUGUUAAUGUCGUUGAUUUUGAUGAAAAAUACAUCGUAUCAGCGAGUGGUGAUAGAACAAUUAAAGUAUGGAACACCUCGAGCUGUGAAUUCGUCCGAACUCUAAAUGGACAUAAACGUGGUAUUGCGUGUUUGCAAUACAGAGAUCGUUUGGUGGUUAGUGGUAGCAGCGAUAAUACAAUAAGACUGUGGGACGUUGAGUGCGGUGCGUGUUUACGUGUACUCGAGGGACAUGAGGAGCUUGUUCGGUGUAUCAGAUUCGACAGGAAGCACAUUGUUAGCGGGGCUUACGAUGGGAAAAUCAAGGUGUGGGACUUGGUGGCAGCACUGGAUCCUCGAGCACUCGCCAGUACUCUCUGCCUGCGAACACUGGUGGAGCACACUGGUCGGGUCUUUCGCCUUCAAUUCGACGAGUUCCAGAUUGUCUCAUCAUCCCACGACGACACGAUACUGAUAUGGGAUUUCCUCAACUGCAAUGAUUCAAAGGGAGCCGAGGGGAAUUCACAGGUAGUACCCACGCCAGUCCCUAGCCAAGUCGACACCAGAUCUCCCUCUCCGUUCGAGUGACGUAUCAAAAUAACAAUUCCUCUAUUGUGAUACACCUAUAAAUGGUUAGUGCGUGAAUUCAAUGUGUUCACGGAUGCGUAUGACAGGAUUGUAACGAUACGAGUUGUAAGUGCACACUGGAAGCGUCUCAGCAAAAAGAUCGAAAUCAUUACAACCAAAUUGCUCCAGAGCUGUUGGAAAAGAAGUGAAAGAAAUAGAAAUCUACAUCACCAAAAGAUUCUUGAAAAAAUGUAACGAAUAAUACAAAUGGAAAAAAACGAGGAGAAAAGACAGGGGUGAAACGUACGUAUUCAUGCAUCCCAUGGAUGCACGACAAUUCGUGUUAUCAUCAUUGAAUGGAUCCACUUAUUUAUUUUUGGAAUUCCUUCUGCGCUCUAUGACACGUGAGAAGUUGAUCGAUCAUUUUCCUACAGCUGUUGAAGGGUGAAGGAGAUAAUUGAACCUGAUAAAACGACGAGAAUCAUUGAAGACUUGAAAAAAUAAACAGUGACGCCACAGAAUUGUAAUAACGUAAAUUAACUAGAAAUUUCGAAGAAGUAAUUGAACAAAAAUGAUGAAAAAAAUAAUAAUUGAUAAUGAAUUUUAAGAUGAACUGGCACUUAAUGAUAGUAGAUGUAUUAUAGUAAGUUAUAACAUAAAUAAGAAAGAAAGGAACAUUUUUUAUGUAAUUAAUUUAUAGUCAAAAAAAUGAUAAACAAAGAUGAAUUGCUAAAAAAAAUACUGUGAAAUGUCGUUUGUUUUUGGAGUACUUACUGUGUAUGAAUGAUCAUUCAAAUGAUUGUAAAGAGGAUGAACUUUUGAGACAUUCAGUUCAGAUUUAUUGAACCGUAAUAAUGUCAAUUUAUAUAGCAAUGCAUUGCUAAUUACUGUCACAUCUAAAUGGUUUUUUUCUGUGUUAUACAUUGUGGCUCAAUUCAAUAUGUGAAAACUCCACAGAUACAAUUAAAUAAUUCAAAGUAAAAAUUCUGUAAAAAAAAAAGCUAGGAUAAUUUCAAUUUUUUUAAUUUUUUCAUCAAUUUUAUAACUAUCAAUAUUUUCUCCAAAAAGUUGAUGAAAAAAAUGGUGAUUUAUAAAAUUCACUUAGGUAAUUGUACAUUCUUCGUUAUUUAAAAGAAAAACCACGAAAUUGUAAAAUUUUAGUGCAGUUAUGGCGAGUGUAAGCUGUGAAAAUGUGGAGAGGGAAUUAAUUUUAGUCAAUCAUGACACAUAAACACAUGGUAAUGUCACAUUAAGUGAUUUAAUAUUUUUCAUCAUCAUCGCAUCACUCUCAUUUUUUCCUCCUCCUGCCAUUGUCAAAUUAAAUCAUUCAACUCGACUAAACCAAUAACAAUAUUUGUGCAAUUGAUAUACUUGACAUCACGAGAUCAUACCCGAAUGAAGCAUCAAUCUUACUCAUUCAUUGAUUAAUCCAAUUAAAUUAUAAAGGAGCAAGGUUUAAAUUAUUGAAUAAAAUUUUUGAAGCUUCGAAAUUUUUGAAAAAAAUUGCGAAUGUGAAGAGAAUGAUAGUUGAUUGUAGACGUAAGUGACAUGUAUUCUGAAAUAUAAUGAUCAUGCGUUCAAUUGGAUUCAUUCGAUAUCUCAUUAUUAAUCAACUGAUAUCAAUCGAGAUGAUGUUCAUUAAAUUCUUGUGGAUA